AUGGCCAUUGGAUUACUCUCUUCUGACUCCAACAUAAUUCGCAACACCGCCGGCCUCCUCUCGCUCACCGCAAUCACAGUUGGCACCAACAUAUUUUUCCUUAAUGGGACAAUUGUGCCGCGUAUCUUUUGCAUCAAGCCUCCAACAAAUAAAGACGACCGAAAGACCUACGAUGCCCUCUGUGGGUAUGUCGCCGUGCGUGAAUAUCUAUUAGCCGGAGCCAACAUCAUCGCAUGGUAUUCCGGUCAGCCAAAAGCCCAAGGGGUAAUACUGCUUCUAUGGGCAGGGAUGGGGAUCGGUGAUGGAAUUGUUCUCAAUAAGCUCCACGGUAUCAAUGUGCUCAAAGCCCGGCCUCUUGCGUUUGUUCUGGCUGGGUUAGCAAGUGUGUUGAUGGGAUGGCUUGAGUGA